UGCUAUAAUCCCCCAUGCAUUUCGACAUGGUUGGCUAUUACGCAAUGAAGAUGUUUUGCUAGAAACGGUUCAGCCAAUUUCAUAGCGGAUUAAAAAUUAUGUCAGUUUAUAAUUGCAUUUUUUGUAGCCUUUUUGAUUCAAAAUCUUAGUAGCCACUACGAAAUGCAGUUUUACUAUUAUCCGUAAUAGGAAGUUGUGUUUGUUGAAAGCUCUUCAGUUGGUGGGAGUCACGUGGUCCAUCUCCAUCGCACGUACAUGACGUCAGGAGCCCUGUGUAGAGCAGCGGCUCGCUCCAGUCUUCAGGAAGGGGACGCUGUUCCGGGAUUGUACAGCCGGGCCGCAGUGCGUGUACGCCGCCGGUGGUGGUACAGACAUCCGUGGCGUCGCUACGUCGCUGGUAUAAGUGGCGGGGGAGAUAUAUAACUCGGCCGCGGGGGGCUAGCCGUGAGCCGUCACGCUAUCCGCUGGAGCGUCGACGCACAAACAUACGUCCGUGCGCCGUGGCGUGGUGGUGGGCAUUUUUCACAAGUCAUCCUCCAACACUCGCUCUGCAGAUUUAAGAGGAGGAAAAUUUGAAGGCACUGUCUGGUUGACGCUUCCUGCUGUGUAAUAUUGUGUGUGUGUAUGUGAUUCGCGUGCUCAGUCGGGUUGUAACGUUGUUGAGGAGCUGUCGGCAUUUGAUCGCGCAUCCAUCUUGUGGAGAUCGGGAAGAGGAAGAGGAUAAGAGGAGGAGGGGAGGAUGCGAUCGUGGGUUAGGGCCGCCAUUUCUACCGGUGUGUGCCCGACCUCUGAGGAUGAUUAGGGAGCGCAGACGGCCGCCUCUCUGUAUUAUGAGGUAACGGCGGCGUUUUGGCCAGUGCGGGUGUACUGUGUGUGUGUUUGUGACCAGGUGAGCCGGUAAGGUUAACCUCACCGGAACGGCUACGACCCUCCCUCGGCCGCGCCCGCCACCAUGCCCGUAAGGAGGGGACACGUCGCCCCCCAGAACACCUUCAUCGACACCAUCAUCCGAAAGUUCGACGGGCAAAAUCGUAACUUCAUCAUUGCCAAUGCACAGGUGGAAAAUCUGGCCAUCAUCUUCUGCAAUGAUGGGUUUUGUGAACUGUGUGGAUACUCACGGGCGGAACUUAUGCAGAAACCGUGCUGGUGUGAGUUCCUGCAUGGCCCUAAGACCAAUGCCAAAGCCAUCCGACAGGUGCGUCUGGCCCUGUCGUCCACGGAGGAGAAGCAGGUGGAAAUUCUCUACUAUAGGAAGGACGGGAGCCAGUUUCUGUGUAGUGUGCUGAUAGCGCCGGUGAAGAAUGAGAAUGGAGACGUGGUCAUGUAUAUCAUCAACUAUGAGGACAUCACAGACGCACCCUUCCACAGCGACAUGGGGCCGCCAGCCAAUCACAGGACGCCUUUUGGAGCAUUGAGUCCUGCAAAGUUCCGUCUGAAGUUGUCUGCACUGCGGAGGGACAAGCGGAAGGAUGACAUCGAGAACCCUCCAUUUGACGACCCCUUCACGACCUUCCCUCUGAGACCUCUUCACCCUCCAAAUGUCCUCUCCAUGAGGGACGAGCACCAUGCUGCAACCCCUCCUACUCAGAGGCUGUUACCCAUACAAAAGGAUCUGGAUCAGCAGUCUCUAUCAAAUGUCAGCCAGCUGUCGUCCCGAGGCAGCAUCUCGCGUAGCCAUAUGUCUAUACGCCGGGCAUCGUCACUGGAGUGCCUUGACCGAGAUCAGAAGAGGGACUCAAAAGAUUCGGAAGGUCCUGGCAACCAUCUCAAACCACCUAUUCCCAACUCUACGUCAGAUUCCGACAUCUCCAAGAACAAGGUCAAGUCGGCGACCAGCCUGGUCAACCUGACCGAAAACUUGGUGAUCAGAGAGGAGGCUGGCCCUCCCAGUAAAGCCGAGCGUUUCCUUGGGAUCGGGAGUGCCGCGGUCACAAGGAAACCAGGAGUUACGAAAAAAGUCACCCAGGUGUUAUCUCUCGGAGCAGAUGUGUUACCGGAGUACAAGCUCCAGUCACCCCGCAUCCACCGCUGGACAAUCUUACAUUACAGCCCCUUCAAGGCAGUGUGGGACUGGAUCAUCCUACUGCUUGUCAUUUACACUGCCGUCUUCACUCCGUACGUCGCUGCCUUUCUUCUGAACGAAGACGAAGCGAGGGCGAAAAUGAACCGCGAUCCCGACACGCGAAGGGACUAUGGUCCAUCCAACCGUUACGGGGACCCCUUAGUGAUUGUGGACCUCAUAGUGGAUGUGAUGUUCAUUAUAGACAUCCUUAUCAAUUUCCGGACCACAUAUGUUAAUAAGAAUGAUGAGGUGGUUAGCCACCCUGGCAAGAUUGCGGUGCAUUACUUCAAAGGAUGGUUCCUUAUAGACGUGGUGGCAGCCAUCCCUUUCGACUUGCUGCUGUUUGGGUCUGAGACAGAUGAGACGACCACCCUGAUAGGCCUGCUAAAAACGGCGCGCCUCCUGCGUCUGGUCCGAGUUGCGCGGAAAAUCGACCGGUACUCGGAGUACGGCGCAGCGGUGCUGCUCCUCCUCAUGGCCACCUUUGCCUUGAUCGCUCACUGGCUGGCCUGCAUCUGGUAUGCAAUAGGGAACGUGGAACGGCCUCUGUUGCCUGCGAAGAUCGGCUGGCUCGAUAUACUGGCAAAACAGACACACCAGCCUUACACCAAUGACAGUAACAGUGGGCCGUCGCUCAAGUCGAAGUACAUCACCGCGCUCUACUUCACCUUCAGUAGCCUCACCAGUGUGGGGUUUGGAAAUGUGUCUCCCAACACAAAUGCAGAGAAGGUCUUCUGUAUCUGUAUUAUGCUCAUUGGAUCUCUGAUGUAUGCCAGCAUCUUUGGCAACGUAUCAGCAAUCAUCCAAAGGCUCUACUCAGGGACAGCCAGGUAUCACACCCAGAUGCUCCGUGUCAAGGAGUUCAUACGUUUCCACCAGAUCCCCAACCCUCUACGACAGAGACUGGAGGAGUAUUUUCAGCAUGCCUGGUCGUACACGAAUGGUAUCGACAUGAAUGCAGUUUUGAAGGGAUUUCCUGAGUGCCUACAGGCCGAUAUCUGCUUACACCUCAACCGCAACCUGCUCCAGAACUCCCCAGCCUUCAAGCACGCUAGUCAAGGCUGUUUAAGGGCCUUGUCCAUGAAGUUCAAGACCACUCACGCGCCCCCGGGUGACACACUCGUGCACAAGGGGGAUGUGCUGAAGGCCCUUUACUUCAUUUCGAGGGGCUCCAUCGAGAUAUUGAAGGACGACGUUGUGGUAGCUAUAUUAGGUAAGGACGAUGUGUUUGGUGAAGACCCUCUGAAGAACGACAUCAUGGGCAAGUCGAACUGUGACGUGAGGGCGCUGACCUACUGUGACCUCCAUAAGAUCAUCCGAGACGACAUCCUGGAGGUGUUGGACAUGUACCCAGAGUUCACCGACACCUUCAUGAAAAACCUGGAGAUCACCUUCAAUCUAAGGGAUGAGGAGUCCAGCGCCAUGUUGAACGAUGAGGACGGGACUCCUGCCGAAGCGCCGCCGAUGUCCACCGCAGCGGGCCGACCCUUCAUGAGGUUAUCUCGCUACUCUCUGAGGAGGAGAUCAUCUGCAUCUGUCUCAAGUAAAGGAAAAGCAGAAUCAAGUGAAGCAGUAAAAGUCAAGCCCUCCACAAGGCACGCCCAGGCACAGAGGACUCAGAGUGGUGGAAGUCAUUUCAGCCAUGCCGGUUUGUCCAGUGACGAGGGGGACGGCGAGUCAGCCAGCGCCAGUCCGAGCCCCGGUCCGGGAACAGGUGCGGUCGAGAUGUCAUCCUAUGUCAGCCAGGACACUCAGUCUUCCUUCUUCACCUUCGAGACUCACGAGCCCAGACAAGAUCCAUCUACAGUGAAAAGGGACCAGGACCAGGAGAGUGUCGUGUCCGCCCCCACCCCCACGCAGAGGGCGCCCCCUCCCCGGGGCCAGUUCCUCUCCCCCUCCCACCACAGGAGGACCCGAGACCUUGUCCCCGCGGACUCCAGUCUGGGACCCUCUGUAGUGGUCGAGGAUUGCACGCGCUUCGUGGCAAACUCUGAACUGCAACGACAAAUCGCGAACCUUCAACAGCAGCUGAACAGGUUGGAGAGUAAGAUGACUGUGGAGAUGGCUCAGAUUUUGGGCGUGUUGAGACAAAUGCAAGCCAGUGCAAUUCCGCCCGUUUACUCGGGCGGAGCGCCCGUUCCCUCUCAGACUCAACCUCCGCCCUACCCCCGGGGAAGGAGUCUUUCCCACCCUGUAGACGAUCCGUUGUUCUUUCCAGCGGUAGACGCGGGGAUGCUAACGACACUUACACGGGCAAGCCAGUCCUUGCCCAGCCUUCCAGAGCAAAUCCCUGCCUCAGAAGUAGCCCCGUCCAUGAUGGAACCCGAAGGCUCUGCACACUCAGGUGAUGGGGGUGCAACAGCACCCCCUGUGGCAACAGUUGGUGCUGCAACUGCCAGGCACCUGGACACAGAUGUGUAACCGCAAAUGUAUUCUGGGAGAGACCUGCAUCUCUGUGAUCUUCUGACAAGCUCACAGGGAUUUUCUGCAUCUGUGUUGGGAUCUGAUAUGACUAAAUGUGCACCGGGUGAAAGUUACCAGGAAUGAAUUGUUUCUAUGGAACUGAAACACAAGUUCUUGGAUGGUUCUUCAGGAUUAGUGUGCUGUUUGGUACCAAAUACCUGUAACAGGAACUACAACUGUUUCUUCUGUAUUGACCAAGAAGGACCAAGCAAGAACGAUCUUGAAAAGAAAAUGGGGUGUGUAGUCUUGCGUGUGGUACAACACCAAAUCUUAUCAACAUAUGUGACUCUUCGGAUGAUAACAUGACAAAUGCAGCGUUUGAAAAACGACAUCGAACGGGAUUCUGAUGUUGGAUUUCCGCCACGUCAUGCAACUUACUUAUUUUUCAAGCUGCAUCGUCACCCUCCAGUUCAAACAACUACCAAUAAGUGCAGCAAAGAGGGUGUCUUGUAUACUUGUGAUUCAAGAACUAGAACCAUGUAGUUGUAGUCCUCAUAUAGAAGUGGCUGGAGUGGUGAACGAACCCAUGGGCCCAUCGGCUACAAGAGGAAAA